UACAUAGUAAGUCGAUGAUUGACAAUAACAAUAUUCAUGUUUCGAAUAAUAGGACGAGCGUAUUAAAUGCUAUAUCGCAGAAACAAUCCUAUAUUGCUUUUACGACGCUUUUUUUUCUAUAAAGAUUAUUUUGUCGGAGAAAAGUUAAGUGCUUAGAGAAAGCAAUGGAGCAAUAUCAGAUUUCUAUUUAUCGAAAGAACAGGUGGUGCGAUUCUUCACUUUCGGUGAAUACGAAAAACAUUAUCUCUUCAUGGUAUAUAAAGACGGGUGCCGUCACUAUUCUGUCUCAUUUUAAGGCAAGCGAUGGUUUCAACACUAAUUCGUUGUUUCGUAUUCAUUCUAUUCAGGUAAUUCUAAAAUAUAUUUUUUUCCUAUUCAUCUAAUGUUGAACAAUUUUCCUUUUAAGCUUUACAGGUUUGAUUCUUGUUUUCUUUUUACAUAUCCUCCUAUUAAUUUAGUAUGUCGCUAGUUCGAGUGAAAUCUCAAUUCUGCCAUGGAAUUGCUCAAUAUGACCCAUGUUCAUUAAAUAGUGGGUGCGCCUGUUUCUAUAUAGCAGGUGCUAUUAACACUGGCAUUUGUACCGAUAAAUUCGUGCGUUGUUCUGAGCUAGUUGCAUGUGAAAGCUCAAACAAUCUUUGUUUUGAACCUAACCAUAGAUGUGUUCAUCAUCCUCGAUGUCAUAAUUUUUCUGUUUGUUAUCCGGUGCCUAGUUUCAAUGAACAACUCUGUCCACCGAUGGCAACGACGAACACUUCAACAACAACUUCGAUGCCAACUACAACCACAACUGCAAGAAAUACUCAGCAACCAGGUAAGCAUUAUAUUAACACUUCUUGA